AUGGGCCUUCCGAGAGACAAUGACCCCGCGCCCGAUUAUGAGGAAGUCUUCGAGCAGCAGCCGUCAAAUCCGCUGAUGGGAGUAACCUCAGAGCCAUUUUCCCUUGGCAUGCGGCUGGCAGACAUGCGGGGCCAACUGCAAGACCAACUGCGUGGCUUUUCUGGACCGUACGCACGCGUCGUCCAAUCAGACCAAGACAUCGAUGUCGAGCCUGGAGAAUCACACCAUCACAACUCCUCGACUUCUCCUCUACAGCAGGGAAUCGCGCUAGGUGCCGGGCCUAGUGAUGGCCAGCCGCAUGUCCACUGCAAAGUGUGUGAUGCACAAAUGGAGCGGCGUGAGAAGAGGCGAGCUGAAACGGAACAUUGCCAAAUUGUUUCCAGGACAUUCAUUUUGAUUACUUUAUUUCUGAUGAUUGUUGCCAUCAUUGCGGUGACUUCCGCGCUGAAGAAGAAGCAUUAG